AGGCAGAGUCUGGUGAAGAGAAAAAUGUGGGGAGGGAGACAAGCUUAGAGGCCAUUGGCCUCCCAGACAAUCUUUCCUUCUCCUAAUUUGUUUUAGUAACUUACACAUACAAAAAGUGUCUCAGCCACACGGUGCAAUUCUGUCUCAGACCCUUUGUGAGCCCCCACUGUGUUCAGCGGCUGAGAUAUCAGUACCUUUCCUCCUUGUCUCAGCGGCAGCAUUCCUUUUUGGAAAUCAUGUGAAAGUUUGAUACUAAAUUAAAAGCUUUCCAAUCUAAACUCCUUGGGGAGACAAGGCAAAAACCCUUCCUGAAAUGUGCCCAGAUUGAUCUGAGAUGUAAAGGAAGGAGAGCACCAGGCAGGGAUCUGAAUUUUGCCUGGCCUCUGCCACUGAUUCACUGCAAUGCUUUCUGUAAGUCAUUUAUGGAGCAUCAGUGUAGUCACUGAUGGAGGAAAAACAAUAUUUAUUUCCUUUCACAGAAUUGUCUUGAGUCUUACUAACCACUGCUUGUGCAAAUCUUUGGAUGAAAGGAAACAUAAGAGUUCAAAGCUCUUAUUAUAUAUUACCUGUUACACUUUAUAACAAAUGUCAUCACACUAAAUAGGAAUUAACAUUCCAAAACCCAGAGGGUGGGUACCUUUUCAUACCCAUAUAUAUAAAAGUCAUCAAGUGACCUGCCUCAGAGGAAGGCUGAUUGAAGACAGGUGAGUCUGAAUCCACUUGUAGAAUAUCUAUUUAGAGGCAGAAACCUUGAUUUUUGCUUUGAUUUAUCAUUUUGUUAAUUUUGUAAGUGUCUCACAGUGUUUGCUUAAGGCUUGUGAUUUUUGUGAUGGGACUAAAAAAAAAAAAAAAGUCUGAUAACUUCAAACUUUAUAACAUGACAAUUUUCUGUUUGUGGAAACAGCUACAAACUGCAGUGUUAGGUGUCCUGGGGCAGCGGAGGAGAGCCAUCACCAUGGUCCCCGCGCUGCUCUUGCUGGGCCUUUCGGCCCUGAUUGCUCCGUCUGCGAGUUACAGUUGCUAUGGCGAUAUAAAUGCUAUUCAAGCCCCCACGAUUUCCUGCACAGCCGUGAGAGCCCCAGACUGCGCUGCAGGCAUCGCUGCUCUGAGGAGGACGGCAGAUGCGGACAUCAUUCGCCUGAGGAAAUACGAGAUCCCCAUUAAGAGAGUCGCCAGAAACCUGUGCCUGGACCCAGCGCUCAUUGCUGCCAUCAUCUCGCAGGAGAGCCGCGCCGGCCUGCUGCUGGACAACGGCUGGGACCAGGGGCGGCAGAGGUUCGGCCUGAUGCAGAUCGACAGGCGCUACCACCAGCCUUACGGGACAUGGGACAGCGAGGAGCACAUCAACCAGUGUUCGACCAUGCUGGUGCUUGGGAUCAAUGAAAUGCGGGCAAGGCACCCUACCUGGAGCUGGGACCAACAGCUGAGAGGGGGAAUCUGUGUCUACCGUGCAAGAAUCGGCAACAUCCAGGUCUACGACGAAGACCCCUGUGGCAGAGACAACUACUAUGUCAACAGCGUGAUCGGGCGGGCCCAGUACUUCAAGAGGCAUGGGUUCUAGCUCAGCAACCAACCCCACCACAGACCCUCUCCUCCAUGUAGUCUAGCCCAGUAGUGAAGGUAGUACCCAGAGCAGUUCCUCCAGGGCUCCUGGCAGGAGCAGUGCUGGUGGCACCAGCAUGUUGCUUGCUCCAGCACACCCCAGCUCCCCAGUUGCCCAUUGGCAAGCUCAGUGGUGCCUUCCAGGGGACUGACAGGGGCAACACACCACGAGCUCAGGGCCUUUAGAAGGCAGACGAGGACAUCCCCAUUGGGUGAGGAAGCUCCUUGCAUUAGGAGCUGAACCUGGGGCUGUCUGUACAUUCCCCAACAAGCAGCUCUCCCUCGGCAUGGGCUAUGCUGUUACUGUCUCCUGUCUAUGUCCACCUCCUUCCUUCUCCCCAGCCAAUGGGAGGGAGAAGCCCCCGAGCUAAGGUCUUCCUCCCCCCUGAUAGUGCUGGCUGCUUGGCAAUGAAGAGGCUCCUCUCUGAGUCUUUCAUCUCUGCAGGCUUCUGUUAACUGCUUAUUUCUGGGGCCAGCCUUAUGGGGGAACCCACCAAGCAUCCUCCUUGUGCUCCCAAGAGACCAGGAGCCCCUUAAGGGCUGGUGACCCCUACAGGGAGAAAAACAGCCUUGCACAGGGGAAAUCCUCUAAGUGGGAAACACUACAAGUGCUGUAGUGGGCACACAAAUCACCUUUCUGUUACAGAGCCAUCCUCUGAGCAGGAGCUGGCCCCAGGUAUCCCUGCCCCAGGAGCUGCAUUACAGCAAUAGUGCUGGUAAAAUCUCACCACCUUCCCUCCUUUCCUUUGGUGCGUUUGUGCUGGGGCCCGCUGAAUUUAAAAGCGUGCAUUUUGGCUUCUGUCCCUCCGCCAGGUAUCCCGACUUUUAAUUAGGAGUGAAUUAGCUCUGGGUGUAUAAAUUCUGUUUGAAAGUAUUCUUCAGUGUGGAUGGGUCUGGGUGCAACUUUUGGUUUAAUAAGAAUCCAAAUAAAGAGAAACGAUGUAUUCCA